AUGAAGCUGCUUUGGAGCGACUGCGUGACCGCACAUGAGCAUCAUCAGGCUGGCCCUGCAGAUGACGCAGUACCGAUCGACCCGAUACUGUACUUGCAUAUGGGCUUGCAACUCACCGUAUGGCUCGCAUUGUUUCCAUUGACAAUGGUCUUGGGCCUGGUCCGACAUCGGCUCCAUGUUCCACUCUCCGUGCUGUCUCUAGCCCUCACCACUGGUGGCUACAUCCUCGGGCAUGCGCAUGGCGGGCGCUCCUUUCCACACACGGCGCACGGCUCGCUUGCCACGCUAGUGAUCUUCUACCUCGGCGCACAAGGCGUGCUGGGCCUCUAUCUCAAAGCGCACUUCGACCUGGGCAAGUAUGAGCGCAGCUGGAUUAGGCCCGCGGCUGUGAUCGUGCACGGCUUGCUCGGCCGUAGCUUCCCGAUCGUCGGUUGGGUGCAGUGCGUGCUCGGCCUGAUCACGUUGCGCUCGUGGUGCUUUGGCGGGCGCCUCGGCCAGUGCCUCGCGCACCACAUCAUGGGCAGCGCGUUCAUCGCGUACUGCGUCCUCCUUCUCAUUGCGCUCAAGGCCGGUGCCGGCUGGCUCAAGCGCCGCAAUCAGAGCCAGGAGUAUUUUGAUAGCUGGGUCAUUCUGCUAUGGGGGAUCGUCAACACUUUCACCGAGCACCACGGUGGGCCGUGGACGCACAAAGAUCUGCAGCACACGCUCAUGGGCGUCGCAUGUUGGGCUGGCGGCGCCGUCGGCGUCUUUCUCAGCAGGGGAGGGCGCCGCACGAUUUGGCCUGGAAUUAUCAUCAUUCUCACUGGCUGGGCGAUGAGCGGACAUGCGCAAGAACUGAUGCUGUCUACCAUGGUGCAUUCGCUCUUCGGGUACGCCCUCAUGGCAGCAGGCGCCACUCGCAUCAUCGAAGUCUGCUUUGUGAUAGAUGGCAAGCCGACAGGUGAGGUGCCUUCACCUCGGUCUUCUUCCAUUUCAACCUCUUCGCCGCACGAUGCAACGGACACCCGGCAUGGUAGCAGUACGUGGUAUCCGAUCAAGCCGUUCCAGUACCUCCCGCCCUACCUGCUCGUCGCGUCCGGUGUGCUCUUCAUGUCCGGGACGGAUGAAGAGCUGCACUGGGCUAACGACCAGGGUGUCGACCACAUCACAUGGGGUCUAAUCGACUUUUCCAUCUCCUUCAUCAUCUUCUUGUGGUCCAACAUCCUGAUCGAGCUGUACAUGCGCUGGGGCGGUAGAUAUGGCAUGCGGGCAGGUGGCACUUCAGCGCCGGCUGGUGAUGAAGCAGGAGCGGGUGCGAGGCUCGGCGGUAUGGAAUUGGAAGGGUACGAGCAGCUAGAACUGAGAGAUAGCAUAGAUGGAGGCCCACAGAUGCCCAUGGCUGCACUCGCAUCUUCUGCGCCCACACAUGCUGCUGGCGAGGAGGCGGAGGUACGAACAUCGCGGCCAUCGCAACCUCAGCCACGACAAGGAUCGAAAAAUGCAAGCGCACGCAUCACACCGUCCUUGCCGAACAGAAAGGCAUCGUCGCCAGCUAAUGGAAACGCUCACGGACAUGAAAAGCAGCAUGUGCUUUUUGAUGAAGACGAAGAAAACAAGGAUCCCUUUGACGAUGAGGAUGAAGAUCGCAUUAACCAAAGAGAGCGAUGA